UGGAUGGGGCGAGAGGAGGCAGGCGGAGCAUGCGCAGCAGGCAAGGACUGUGUGUGCCCCACGCGGCUGUUCCCUGGAUGCUGCUGUGCUCUCCUCAGUGCUGACACUCCGCUGCUGCUGCUGGUACAGGGAGAGUGAGGAGCUGGCGGCCGGGCGUGCACCACCAUCAGCAGCAGCAGCAUUACUGCUGUCACCAUCUCAGAGCAUCCCUCCUCCUCCUCCUGCUCUAUACUAUGCACUAGGAUUGUGGGCUGCAGCCUCCUGCACUGCUGCCAUGGGGUAAGAAGCUCUCAGACCGGGACUGGCUCCGAGGACAGGGCUGUAUUAUUACCAGUCAUCCUCGGCGAGACAGCAUGGAGUGCGGGUUCUGAUUCCCGGCCGCCCCCCUCAGGAGAGCAGCAGACAAAGGACGCGGGGGGCAGAGCAGGAGCCGAGCCGUGGCAGCCCUGGCUGGGUGCAGGAGACAUGAUCGCAGAGUUGCUGAGCAGCGCCAUGGGGCUCGUCCUGUACCUGAACACCCUGGGCGCUGAUUUCUGCUAUGAUGACAGCCGUGCUAUCAAAACAAAUCAGGAUCUGCUACCAGAAACUCCAUGGAUCCAAAUUUUCUUCAAUGAUUUUUGGGGGACUUUGCUUACUCACAGUGGCAGCCACAAAUCCUACCGUCCACUAUGCACUCUGUCCUUUCGCCUUAACUACAUUUUUGGAGGGCUGGAGCCCUGGAAUUAUCACCUUGUAAAUAUCCUGUUGCAUUCAGCUGUUACAGGUCUCUUCACAAACCUCUGCAAAGUCCUCUUUGGCAGUGGAUGCUGGACACUAUUUGCUGGGCUUCUUUUUGCUUCUCAUCCAAUCCAUACAGAGGCUGUUGCUGGAAUAGUGGGUCGGGCUGAUGUGGGAGCUGGACUCUUCUUUCUACUUUCGUUACUAUGCUACAUGAAACAUUGUUCAACCCGGGGUUACUCUGUCAGUAGCUGGUGCUGGAUAUUUUGCGCUGGAUUGUGUGCAACAUGCAGCAUGCUAUGGAAGGAGCAUGGAGUCACUGUGCUGGCAGUGUGUGCCAUUUAUGAUAUAUUUGUGUUUCACAAAUUAAAGAUAAAUGACAUUAUUUCUGCUGUCCUUAAGCGGUUACUAGGCAACGUUUCUCACACUGCAGCGGAUUGGCUCCCUGCCCGUCGCGGCCUCCUGACGUCAUCGCACGGAGACGCGAGCAUUCGGUCAGAAGGGUGGGACGCGGGCGGCAGCGCGGGACAGCGGUUACUAGGCAACGUUUCUCACACUGCAGCGGAUUGGCUCCCUGCCCGUCGCGGCCUCCUGACGUCAUCGCACGGAGACGCGAGCAUUCGGUCAGAAGGGUGGGACGCGGGCGCCAGCGCGGGACAGGGCAAGACCAUGCCUCUUCUUUUUAGCAUUGGACUUUUGGUUGCCUGGGGAGUUGCUCUGCUGGGUAUUCGCUUUUACUGGAUGGGAAACACACCACCAAGUUUUUCAAAUUCUGACAACCCAGCAGCGGACUGUGAAAUCCUGCUCACGCGUACCCUGACCUUCUUAUACUUGCCAACUAAGAACCUGUGGCUGCUUUUUUGCCCGGACACACUCAGCUUUGAUUGGUCGAUGGAUGCUGUGCCUCUCAUUAAAUCAAUCAUUGACUGGAGGAAUAUACACACUGUUGCCUUUUACAUUUUGCUCUUCCUCCUUGCCUACACAAGUCUGAAGAGCUCGGGUACAAAGAGAGAAUGCAAUGGGAAAGUGUUCAUGAAUGGCAAGCAGAAUACUAAUGGCCAUAGCUGUCAAUCAGAUUUAGAAUACAAGAACCCAGAGCAGAGAACUACAAUUGUCUCUAAGCUUGAAAAUGGUAUAAAAAACCAUAUUAACCAUGGAUUGCAACUUCCCUCUACAGGAAACAUUGUUGUUUUAGCUUUAUCUCUAUUGAUAAUCCCCUUUGUACCCGCUAGCAAUCUAUUUUUCUAUGUUGGUUUUGUUAUCGCAGAACGUGUACUCUAUAUUCCCAGUAUGGGGUUCUGUUUACUAAUAACUGUGGGCGCUCGAGCUCUUUAUAUUAAGGCGCAAAAAAGCUUUUUUAAAAGCCUCAUUUUUUAUGCUGCCGCUGCAUUAAUUAUUUUUUACGGACUAAAAACUUUUGUUAGAAAUGGGGACUGGAAAAACGAAGAGAUGCUUUAUAGAUCAGGAAUAGAAGUAAAUCCAGCUAAAGCCUGGGGAAACCUUGGGAAUGUACUGAAGAGCCAGAGCAAGAUUUCGGAAGCAGAAAAAGCUUAUAGAAAUGCCUUGUACUACCGCAGCAAUAUGGCUGACAUGCUGUAUAACUUAGGUUUAUUACUCCAGGAAAACAGCAAGUUUUCAGAGGCCCUUCACUACUACAAGUUAGCAAUUGGUAGCAGGCCUACACUGGCAUCGGCAUACUUGAAUACAGGUAUAAUUCUUAUGAAUCAGGAAAGAACAGAAGAAGCCAAAAGGACUUUUUUGAAAUGUUCAGAAAUCCCUGAUGAAAACUUAAAAGAUCCAAAUGCUCAUAAGAGCUCGGUAACCAGUUGCCUUUAUAAUCUGGGGAAAUUGUACCAUGAACAAGGACAGUACGAGGACGCACUCACAGUCUAUAAAGAAGCAAUACAGAAAAUGCCAAGGCAGUUUGCACCACAAAGCUUAUACAACAUGAUGGGAGAAGCCUACAUGAGGUUAAACAAAGUUUCUGAAGCUGAGAACUGGUACUUGGAGUCUCUGAGAUCAAAGCCUGACCACAUACCUGCGCAUCUUACUUACGGCAAGCUGCUGACCCUGACAAGUCGCAAAAGUGAAGCUGAGCGUUUCUUCUUGAAAGCAAUUCAGCUGGAUCCCACCAAAGGAAACUGUUAUAUGCAUUAUGGCCAGUUCCUGCUGGAAGAAGGACGUGUGCUGGAAGCAGCAGAAAUGGCAAAGAAAGCUGCAGAGCUGGACGGCUCCGAGUUUGAUGUUGUGUUUAAUGCAGCUCACAUGCUCAGGCAAGCCAGUCUGAAUGAAGCAGCAGAAACAUACUACAAACUGGCAGCAGGACUGCGACCCAAUUACCCUGCUGCCUUGAUGAAUCUGGGAGCCAUUCUUCAUCUCAAUGGUAAAUUAGAAGAGGCAGAAGCCAACUACCUUCAAGCUCUCCAGUUCAAGCCAGAUGAUGUUAUCACUCAGUCUAACCUUCGCAAGUUGUGGAAUAUAAUGGAGAAACAAGGUCUAAAAACGUCUAAAACGUGACAAAAAAGGACAAGAGACUUUUGACCAAAUUUUAGAUUCUAAAAUUGGACAUGCAGGGAGCAGUGGGGCUGCGGGCGUGGCUUCCUGUAAGUGUCUGCAAGGUAUAAUCGCUGCUAGGAGAGUUUCUGCUUUUUGGCGAAGUAGUUCUAUGUGUAAUAAAGGGAAAUGAUGAUGACACGGAUAUGAAAUCUCCACAAGGGAUUAGGAAAUGCUUGCAUUAGCCCAGAUAACGAAAGGCACUUAAAGUGUGAUCGGUCUUCAUCACAGUGCAACUGAUUGUGCAUAAUACUUGGGUAGGUUGAAAUUGAUAGUAGCUUCUAAAGUUGUAAAACAAGGUGUAACAGUAUAGGUAAUCUUCAUUACUAAAAUUAUUAAUAAUUACAUGGAGUUAUUCUAUUAUGGAGCUAAUUCACUAAAUGUAAUGAACAUUGUGUUACAACAAGAUCCAACCAUAAUCUGCAAUGUUAAACCGUUUUAUGUAGGAAUUCCUCCUCCGAUUUUUCUGGCCAGUGCUGUUGAAAUUUUCUGAUGGUGUUUUAAUUUUUUUAAGUGAAAAUGGACAUUGAUAAAUAAAAUCUACUUCCAACAA